CACUGAUGAUCAGUGUGCCCUGAUGAUCAGUGUAGCCCCAGCAGUGCCACCUGUCAGUAUCCAUCAGAGCCUUGUGUCAGUGCACAUCAACGCCACAUAUCAGUGCCCAUCUGAUCUGCCUUUCAGUGUCACCCAUCAGUGCCAGUCAGUGCCACCUAUCAAUGCCAAUCAGUGCCACCUAUCAGUGCUGCCAGUCAGUGCCACCUAUCAGUGCCAGUCAUUGCCGCCUAUCAGUGCCAGUCAUCAGUGCUGCCUAUCAGUGCCGCCUAACAGUGCCAUGUAUCAGUGAUGCCUUUCAGUGCCCAUCAGUGAUG